AUGGGAGAAAAAGCAGCAUGGGAACCUAAUGGGCAGCUCAGGCAAUUGGGAACAGCUAGGAAUGGGUAUUUUAUGUCUAGAAAUCCCUUACUUGAACAAGUGAGGUCUUCAUUCCAACGUUCGAGAUCUUUGAACACAAGACCCUCUUUGCAACCAAACCGGGUGAUCUCUGAAAUUCAGAAUCGUCUAGAAAGAGAGUUGGCUACUGCGAAAGAGCAAGCCAUUGCCACAUUUGAAGGUCUUGCUAUCCACACUGACCUCCCAGGUUCUUCACCUUCAAAUUCGGAAUCAAGUUCAGACCAAGAAGAAGAAGAAGAGAUGGCUGCCAAUGAGUUCAUGGGAGACCUUGAUAUCCCAACAAUUCCAGCAUCCCCUUCAAGCAUCUUGCUGCCCACCGCAGCUCGAAACUAUGAGCUUAAAUCUUCUCAUCUUAAUAUGUUGCCUUCCUUUUAUGGUUUACCUAAUGAAGAUCCAUUAACCCAUAUAAAGGAUAUUUUUAAUGCUGUGAGCUCUUUUCCCUUGACAGGUGUGACGGAAGAUCAACUUCGAAUGAGAGUGUUUCCUUACACUUUGAAAGACAAGGCGAAAUAUUGGUUGAAUUCUUUGAAGCCUAGUUCACUCACGACUUGGGGAGCCAUUCAAAAGAAGUUCUUAGAGAAAUACUUCUCCACGCAAAAAACCGACAUGCUUAGGGACAAGAUCUUACUAUUUGCACAACAAGAUGAUGAGUCAUUUUGUGAAGCAUGGGAGAGAUUCAAUGGGCUGCUCAAUCAAUGUCCUCAUCAUGGGAUUCCAUUGAAGCUUCAGAUGCGUAUGUUUUAUAAAGGACUAACCCCCUCUAGCCAUAAUAUUGUCACUAAUUUUGCAGGUGGUUCUUAUAAGACUAAGACUCCAGAAGAAACAUAUGAACUCUUUGAGGAGAUAGCAAUGGAGACCCAACACACCGAUACAAGAGGUAAACGUAUUGCUGGUGGUUCUAAUGAUUCUUCCAGUGUGCAGAUUUCCAAAUUGGAACAAAAGCUUGAUGCCCUCCUUGCAUUGAACUCAAGAAACCCUUCAAAGGAAGUGUGUAGCAUCUGUGAAACUCAUGAUCAUCCUACCAUUUCUUGUCCCCUUGGGGCUGCAUAUCCAGAAUUUGUGCAAGAGCAAGCUAAGUUGGUGAAUUCCUACAACCGAGGUCCAAUCAAUGAUCCAUAUUCUCAAAGUUAUAAUCCAGGUUGGAGGAAUCAUCCAAACUUUUCAUGGAGGAAUACACAGAAUCAAGCGAAUCCCCCUUCACUCCAAAGGCCACAACAAUCAUCAUCGUUGGAGGAUAUAGUGAAGCAAAUGGCAAUCAACCAAUCCAAUUUCCAGCAAACUACACAAGCUGCCAUCUCCAAGUUGGAAGUCCAAUUAGGCCAGAUAGCUACCGAAAUAGCUCAAAGAGAACCUGGGAAAUGGCCAAGCCAAACCGUGAUCAAUCCAAAAAACCAAGAAGCCAAGGCCGUUCAUGUGCUCAGAUCAGGUAAGAUUGUUGAUAACAAAGUUGGUUCUGAUCUAUCAAAUGAUGUUGUGGUUGUAGAGGAUGAAGAUGAAGAGGAAACCACAGCUAUAGAUGGAGAACAACCCAAAACGUCCCAAUCUGCUCCUAAGGCCAAAUCUGAUUCUCAGGAACCCAAUCCAUUUCAAUUGCAUAAAAGAGAUGACAAAUUUGUGCCAUCGCAUCUUCAUCAAGAUAGAUACAUCCCACCUCCUCCAUAUAUUCCACCGAUUCCAUUUCCAGGCCGUUUGAAGAAGGCAAAUCAAGAUAAGGCUUUUAAAGAGAUUUAUGAUAUUUUGAGUAAAGUUAAUAUCAAUUUUCCCUUGCUUGAUGUUGUUAAACAGAUUCCUGCAUAUGGAAAGUUCAUCAAGCACUUGAUGACUCACAAGCUUAAUUUUGCUCCAAGUGAAGAAGUAAAGCUCAACAAGAAUGUGAGUGCUGUGUUGCAAAGGAAGCUUCCACCAAAACUAGAAGAUCCUGGCAGCUUUGACAUUCCCAUUAACAUCGGAGAUAAGACGGUUGGAAGAGCCAUGUUGGACUUGGGAGCAAGCAUCAAUGUAAUGCCAUAUUCAGUUUAUCAGGAGCUUGGCUUAGAAGGGAUAAAGAAAACCUCAAUUCGUCUUGAACUAGCUGAUCAUUCUAUCAAAUAUCCUAAAGGUAUUGUAGAAGAUAUUUUAGUUCAAGUUAAUACACUCAUUCUUCCGGCUGAUUUUGUAGUGAUGGAUAUGGAGGAUAACCCAUAUGGAAACCGCGUUGAUCCCAUUCUCCUCGGGCGACCAUUCAUGGCCACUGCAGACACAAUCAUCAAAGUGAAAGAUGGCACCCUCUCCAUGACUGUUUUGGGUGAAACUGUUGAAUUUAAAGUGUUUGAUGCUCUCUCUCAACCUUCUAUCACUCUUGAUACUUGUUUUUCAAUUGAUGUUGUGGAUCAUGAGGUUUCUUCUAAAAUUAUGCAGAAAAAGUCUAAUGAUGCUCUAGAAGCGGUCCUAACACAAGAAGAGGAAGAUCUCUAUGAAUCAGAGUUCCAAGAGGUGAUGGCUGCCUUAGAAGUGUUUCAGCCAUACCCACCAUCCUUUAGGCCACCGCUCGAGCCUCUUGGACCAUCCUCCACAAAAUUGGAGCCAUCCAUUAUUACCCCACCAAAGCUAGAACUUAAACCUCUACCCAAUCAUCUUAAACAUACUUAUUUGGGUGCUAAUGAAACUCUCCCUGUUAUAAUUGCUGCAGGUCUCACCUCACAUGAAGAGGAUGGAUUUUCAAGUUAUAAUCAAAUUCCCAUUGCUCCGGAAGACCAAGAGAAAACCACGUUCACAUGCCCAUUUGGUACGUUUUCUUAUAGAAGGAUGCCAUUUGGUUUGUGCAAUGCUCCAGCAACUUUCCAAAGAUGCAUGAUGGCAAUCUUUUCUGAUAUGGUGGAACGAUUCAUGGAGGUAUUUAUGGAUGAUUUUUCAGUUUUUGGUUCAUCUUUUGAUGAUUGUCUUCACCACUUGUCUCUAGUGCUUAAAAGAUUUUUGGACUCAAUCCGAUAUCGAUUGGUCCUUGAAAUCUGUGAAUUGGCUUGUGGAGCUAAGAAAACAGCACUUAAAAUUUUGCAAUCAGGUUUCUUUUGGCCUACUCUAUUCAAAGAUGCAUUCAAUUUUUGUGUUAAGUGUGAUAGGUGUCAAAGGAUGGGAAACAUAAGCCGCAUGAACGAAAUGCCAUUGAAGAACAUACUCUUUGUGGAACUCUUCGAUGUAUGGGGUAUUGAUUUCAUGGGACCAUUCCCAUCUUCCUUUGGAUAUACCUACAUACUUGUUGCUGUUGAUUAUGUGUCUAAAUGGGUGGAAGCCAUAGCCACCAAAACCAAUGAUCAUAAGGUGGUGCUGAAGUUCCUGAGGAACAAUAUUUUCACAAGGUUUGGUACUCCAAGGGCUGUCAUUAGUGAUGGAGGCAGCCACUUCUGCAACAAGCCAUUUGAAGCACUCAUGAAGAAGUACAACAUCACCCACCGAGUCUCUACACCAUAUCAUCCUCAAACUUCUGGUCAAGUAGAAAUAAGCAACAGAGAAAUUAAGCAGAUCCUAGAGAAGGUGGUGAAUAGUACAAGGAAAGAUUGGGCUGCCAAGCUCAAUGAUGCAUUAUGGGCUUAUAGGACUGCAUAUAAGACUCCCAUCGGAAUGAGCCCUUAUCGUCUUGUGUUUGGGAAAGCCUGUCACUUGCCAAUGGAGCUUGAACACAAUGCUUUUUGGGCCAUCAAGAAGUUGAAUUUUGAUCUGGACAAGGCCGGCCAUGUUAGAAAGUUUCAGCUCAAUGAAUUGGAAGAAAUUAGACAUGAGUCCUAUGAGAAUGCAAGGCUUUACAAAGAACGAACCAAGAGUUACCAUGACAAGAACAUUCAACGGAAAGAGUUCACCAAAGGUAUGUCAGUUCUUUUGUUUAACUCACGUUUGCGUCUCUUUCCAGGAAAAUUGAAGUCUAGGUGGCUUGGCCCAUUCACCGUGGUCAAUGUUUCUCCCUAUGGAGCUGUGGAGAUUCAAAACCCUAAAGAUGGCUCGACUUUCAAAGUAAAUGGACAACGUUUAAAGCCAUUCUAUGAGGGAGUGUCAGUUGGAAUUCAAACUGGUCAUGUGGUGGAUCAUCUUCCAUUCGUACAAUCAAGUUAG